AUGAGUAUAAAAAGUAAAAUAGAUAUGAGUUUGGAUGAACUCAUAGAAAAGGAGAAUAUAAAGGCCAACAAAAAAACAUCCAUAGACAAAAAACCAAUUAAUAAAACUAUUGAAAAAAAUGGAGGUCAAAAAUAUUUACAUAGUAUAAUUAUAUCCAAUGUUAACAGCAGUAAUUUAGAAUUAUAUAAAAAAGAAUUCAGUAAAUUUGGAAAAAUAUUUAAUAUAUACCAUGAUAAUGAGAAGAAAAUUACAUAUGUAAAAUAUGAUAAUAAAAAUUCCUGUGAUAAUGCUAUAAGCGCUAUGAAUAAUUCAACCUUAGAUGGAGAUACAAUAACAAUCGUAUUGGGUAAAAAAAUUUUGGAUAAAAAGAAUAAUAAAAAUUUAAUUCAAAACCCAAAUAUUGUGAAUAAUAAUAAAAUAAUUCCCCCUUAUAAAAUGCCAAUGUAUAAUACAAAUACACUCCCUUAUUAUAUGAACAACAAUAAUUUUAAUGUCCCAUAUAAUAAUACCAUUCCUUACCCCAAUACAUUUCAAAAUAAUUUCUACGACAAAAAUAUGCAACCAUUUAAUAAUCAUAAAAACAUAUAUGAUACGACUAAAAACAAUACAAUAAUAGUGACAAAUGUUCCUACAUAUCUUAACGCUGAAGAUAUAUUUUCAGCAUUUCAAGAGACUGGGAAAAUUGUCGAUGUACAAAUACUUAUGAAUGAAAAGAGAAAAUUAACUGGUAUAGUUAGUAUAGAAUAUGAAAAAAAUGAGUCAGCUUCGGACGCAGUUCGAAUGUAUGAUGGUGGAUUUUUGAAUGAUAACAGAAUUCGAGUUUUUUUAGACUGUCGAUAA